UCCUCAUCAUGACGCUUACAGCCCCUCCUGUCGAGGUGGCCAUUAUUGGAGGAGGUUUAGCCGUAAAUGUUAGCAGCACCCUCUUUCGAAUGCGGCUCACACUGCUCGACAGGGCUUUACCCUUGCGCUUGCUUUGCAUCGCCUCAAAAUACCGUCUAGAGUCUAUGAAGCACGCUCUGAGAACUACAAUCCGGGCGGGGGGCUCAUGCUUUCUCCGAAUGCCCUACGCGCACUCGACAGCCUUGGAGCCUACGAGCGUUUACGCGGUAAGGCUCUGCAGUUCGAUAAGCUCUACUUCAAGGAUGACAAGGAUAAGACUACCGACAUUUACUACUUUGGCUCCAAGGUCAUCUAUGGCUAUCAGGCCAUGCGUAUCAUGCGCAAAGAGUUGCUUGAUGAGCUGCUCGUAAUGCUACGGGAACGCAGCAUUCCCGUCCAUUUUGACAGUGCCUUGGCCACGGUUGACUACGAUGGUCCGGACCCCAAUUCUAAGGUCGGGUUCACCUUCACGAAUGGUCAGAAAGAUUCGGCCUCGCUCUUGAUUGGGGCCGAUGGCAUUCAUUCUAUGGUGCGUUCGACCUUUUUACCAGAGGUAAAACCCAAAUAUGCAGGUAUCCUAGGCAUCAGCUGCGUCGUGCAGCGAUCACAGCUCCGCAUUCCCGACGAAUAUGGCUUGCCCGCGAUUGCUGUGGGCAAGCCAGGAGGCUUUUUGCUUGUGCCGCAGAAACCAGAUGGCUCUGAGCUCUAUGUUGGGGCGCAGCGACGGUUUCCAGAAACAGAUGAUUGGAACUGUCUGCGUAAAGAUCAGCAGAAGCUCUAUGAUAUGAUUCACGAGAACCAGACCGAUUGGCCCGACAUUGUACAGUCAGCGCUAGAAGCCAUGUCAUUGGACAGGAUGGGAUGUUGGGCCUUCUACAGCCUGCCUCCAUUAUCGUCUUGGUUGUCGGAAUCGAAGCGCAUCAUUCUAGUUGGGGAUGCAGCUCACGCUAUACCGCCUACGGUCGGCCAGGGUGCUAAUCAGGCAAUUGAAGAUGUCUGCGCCUUGGCAUCCCUCCUCUCGAAGCUGUCGCCCCAAGUUUCUCUUGAUAAAGCUGCCGCGCUGUGGCAAUCGUACCGACAGAAGCGCGUUCAAAAGAUCCUUGACUUGACGCAGCAAAUGAAUGCAAAGCGACUGCCCGAAGCAGAGAAGGCUAAGCUGCCCCCGAACGCUAUCUGGACUGACACGUCGUUAACGCGUGGCGAGGGCGGCGAGCUACGCUGGUUGUAUGAUCCCGAUAUGUUCGAUGAGGCUGAGAAGUGGGCACAGGGCCUGAAGUUGAAGGGCACUACCACGCAGGGGUAAGAUUUGGAAAGGGACAUACAAUAGGAUCCUGAAGACGUGUUCGUAGACUGGAUGUCGGUAGAGAUACCCUAUGGUAUCUUUGCCAAUGAUUGUGGAACGCGGGUUCCAAGAUGCCGAUGAUACAUAAAGAAGGCAAACAUGUCUAAACCCUUCGCAGAUCUACGUCACUUGCUCACCGGGCCGUAUAAUGCUAUCCAGGGUCCUGGCAACAUUUAAUAUAUGCUAUGC